AUGCGAAGUCCCUUCAUCCCGCCCUCGCGUGCAUCCCAACAGCUUCUCCUCCACCUCCAUCCCUCCAUUCCUUUACGCACCUUCGUUUCCUCACACACGCGCACCACCCCCAACGGUCCCCCGAAACCGCGCCCGCACCCUCCCCAAAAGAACCAGCUCAAAUUCUGGCCCUUCGCCCUCAUCUUCCUCUCAGGAACCGGCCUCUUCGCCCUCAUCGACCGUGAGCGACGCAUCCUAACAUAA